AUGAUGUUCGAGCAUUUGGAGCACAUCGAUGACGACCUGUCCUGGGGUGGUUUGCAAAGUGCUGCCUCAGCAGCAAUCAAGCCACUCAGGCUCCUGAAGACGUGUGUGAUUCUCAGCCCCUUUGCGGUGUCGGCACUGACGCCGCCACACCUGGGCCCCGGUGAGCUAGGACACUCGAGCUUCUACGAGUUGACGAGGACACUGCUGACUCACGCCUGUGCAGCAAGUUUGAGCUACUUGGUCCUGGGCUUCGCGUUCCAAGUGGUGACGAUGGCCGCGCUGCGAAUUUCGCGCCUCCAGCGAUGGAGAACGGCCGAGAAGAUCAUAUACCUGAAUGGGAUCCUUUUUCAAGAGGAACGUGCUGCAGUGUCCGUGAUGUGCGCUUGGGCUGUGAACUUCUCUUGGUGGAGCCCACCUCAGGAUACACGUGUGCUACUGGCGCGGCCCUGUACUUGCAUAUUGCUGCUCCUGUUUUGCAACGCUCUGAAAAAGAUGUUGGAGUUCUCCUUCCUUCGAUCCAAGCUCGCCCUAAACUUCGAGACCGACGUCUUGGUCAAUGCCUUCGAGCGGGCGGCCCUCGAACGCGUGGCAGACUUUGCGUGUUUGGAGACGGCGCCAGCAGAGCUCUUGGAGUUCCUGCAGCAGACCACCGUGCUGCCGAUCUUGCAGGAUCCUCAUGCGUUCGAGAAACUCACCGCCGAACACCUACGCAAAGCCUAUGCGCAAGGUCGUUCCCGGCAAGCGCGCAACUACAGCGGCUCCUUGACCAUUCGCCCAGUGGGACGGAACCUGGAGAUCUUUCGCGCGCUCCAGAACUCCUCGACGACGUUGUUCUUCAUGAAGGUGGAUGGGAAGUUUCGUGAGAUUGAGUCCGCUGCCAAGCUGGUCUACAAGAAGAUCAUUGGAGAGGGUGGUGAGGAAGCAGAUGAGGUGGCGAAGUCCUUCUCCUUGCCUAGCCCCAGUGACAAGGGCGAUGAGCAGCCCGAAGUCGAGACGCCAAACGAAGAUGAGAAGAAGCUCUUGUUCAUGGACCUCGCCAAGAUCAUGCCUCAGGAUGAAGCCGCUCGAACUUGGGAAAUCCUCACCAGCCGCGGAUGUCAGCAAGUUGGUUCAGACGAUUUUGGUUGGGCAGUGAAAGGCGCCUUCGAACGCUUUCACAUGAUCGCAGCCACAGUGAAGGACUUGUCAGCAAUUUGGCUUGUCUUCAGCAAUGUGGUGAGUGCCGUUCAUUUCUUACUUUCUGUGGCCAUCGUGCUUGGCUUUUUCUUCCCGGCCCAGGUGUUGCGGACCGUUUGCCUCAGCAUGUCAACGGUUGCGCUGGGGUUGUCUUUCAUCUUUGGGAACUUGCUCAAGGAGAUUUUCGAAAGCUUGGUGCUUCUGCUAGUGAUUCACCCUUAUGAUGUGGGUGAUCGUAUCCUGCUGGGGGGCAGCUCGACAAUCUACACAGUUCAAAAGAUCAAUAUCCUCACAACCGAAGCGCGAGAUCUGGCGAAUCACUGUGUGUACUUGAAGAACUGCAAGCUCUUUCACGAGGACAUCUUGAACCUGGGGCGUUCCCUGAACGCCGUGGUGGAGAUCCAGAUCGUCUUCCAAAGCUCCGAGCUCUCCACAGAGGUGAUUGCAAGGAUCAACUCCUUUGCUGAGACUUACAUCAGGAAGGAACAAGAGGCGUGGGUUCCGUCCUACCUUCGCUCCUUUUGCAACUUGUCGCACGGCCGUGCCACCUGCGACCUGGCCGGUGGCACCUCCCAUUGCAUUCGCUUGAUGCACCGCCAGCCCUGGCAGAGCAUCCCAGAGAUCCGCCGUGACACCUCCCGCUUCAUGUACAGCCUCAUGGGAGAGUUGAAGCGCUGGGGCAUGGAUUUCCGGAUGACGCCACAGCCGGUCCAUCUGGAGAACUACACUGGAAACCAGGAGCCCCCUCAGCUUUGGCGGAGUCGGACCGCCAGUGGUGUUUUUGCAGAGUCCUGCAGCGUGGGGCCCACCUUCCAGCGAACGCACACCAGUGGUCUCUACGUGGGCUGA